AUGCCAGGGGAACAGCCUCCACCUGAAGGAAGACCUCUAAUCGACCCGCCCCCGGGGCCCCCUCAACGCCGGCACGAAGACCCAGUUCGGCAGCUUUUGGAUCAGGAUGUGAUUUGUUUCUUUAGAUACACUCCUAUUGGGACUUACAGUCCCGAUGGGUAUACCGUUCGGGACGCUCGAGUGGUGGGAAUGGGCUUCAAUGUGCAUGGACGGCCGUUCCGCGUGUUGCAAAAUAUAACCCCAGAUGGGAUCGGAAUUGCUGCUGGAGAGCAGCCCGGCAUCGGCGGUGGCUCGUUGGGGCCUCUAGAUGUGCUCCUCUUCCGGGAGUACAUCGAUCUGAACUCAGACCAACUUUGCGUCGAAGUUUUCCGUCAGUGA